CGCGAGAGUCUCGCGACUGCAGUAAGAAAUGAAGAGCCUGACUCAGUUCGUGUGUGACCCGAACCUCCCAUUGGUUGCAAGACGUCGCCGUUCGGAGGAUACGUGUACAGUGCGUGCACGACUUCUCCUCAGGCCUUUUGGCUUUAGUACAAGCUGUAGUUCAGACGGUAGCUCUAUGUCAGAUGGUAGUAAUUUCGAUUUCCGGGUCCUCCGGCUGAUCUCCGAUCGCAGAUUCGCGGAUCCCUGGCCCAGACUCGGAAUUCUCCGCGCGACGCCUGACGUGUCUGGCCUCCGAUCUCACCCUCAGACUCCCAUCACCUGUAAAUCAGUCUUAAUCUCGUCGGAGAUGUCAUAUUAGUGAGUCGCCUCGACGCCAAGCUCUUGCGUCCGCCUUGGAUUUGCUCGCCGCCUCGCCGCUCCUCCCGAGUCUCUACUACAUUCCCGAAAAAGCACCGCCGUUUUCAGACAACAAAGAUCGCGGCGCUGAAUACUGGGGCAUUGCUUUUCCGAUUUGAACCCCACUUCUCUGCCCGCCGCGUCUUGCGCGACGUGGUCCCACAUCCAUUCGUGACGAGUCCGACAUUGUCGCGAUCGCGUGGUUAGCCGCGGCGGCAUCGUCCCAUGGCGACUCCCCCUUUUUCGAGGCCCUCCAUUCGCGCGGGCAGUCGCGAAGACCAAUCGCAGCACUUCCCCGCCGCGCUUUCACCUGCUCGUCCCGCCGGCGCCGCCUCUUCCGCGGCGUCCGCCAGCCUUUCCGCGGAUCUCCCCCGUGCGGCGUCCAAACUCGCGGUGAGUAUCCCGCGCGGCCACCGCGAGGACGAGUCGCAGGUGCUCACGCGGGAGCUGCUCCAGCGCCCCGGUCAGCCUGCGCCCGCAUCCGCCCCCCCUUCCGCCCGCCCUUCCGCUUCCGCCUCUGCCUCCGCCUCCGCCUCCGCCGCGGCUGUCAGGAUUAAAGGCUCCGAGUCUGACUCGCCAUUGGCGCUGCCAGUGGUUCAAUCAAAGCCCCCGCUUGCCGCAGCGGCGGGCGGCGGGCGGGCGACUCCUGGCGGCGGCGCAGCCCCACGGGCGGGCAGCGCGGCGGGCGUGCGUGACGACGGCGCCGGAACCUGCGCCGCGCGGGCGGUGGCGCUGCACGGGGGCAUAGACCCGCUCGACGUGUCGCUGGCGAUGAUGGGGUCGCUCAACGGCGAGCGAUCGUCAUUAUCGUCGUCGCCGUCGUCGUCAUCAUCGCAGUACCACCGGGACGUGAAGUCCGACGAGUCGUCGCCAGUAGUGACGCCCCCCAGCACCCGUAGCACCGGCAGCAGCAGCGGCAGUAGCAGCAGCAGCAGCAGCAGCAGCAGUGGUAGUCGCGGCAAUGGUGGCGGUGGAAAGUCUACUACUAGCGGGCAGCAGCGGAGCCGCACGACGUCGCACUCCCAGUGCGAGAGCAGUGACCGCAGUCCCGCCACCGUCAACGCCGUGAAAAACGGCGGCGUCCGCUCCCCUCCCGCUACUACCGCCGUUACCGUCGGCGCCACCACCGCCAGUGCCAAGAAGCCACCCACCGGGGCAUCCGCUUUCGCCGAAGCCUCCGCCAAUGCACCUUCCGCCCGCGCGGCGACUGCGCCAACGCCAGCAGCACCUGCGGCGGAGGCGGAGCGCGCGCCUCUCACGGCGUCGGAGGCGGUGGCCGCAUUCUCCUCGCGUCGCGACGACUUCUCGGAAUCGAAGGCUUCGUCGUCGUCGUCGCCCGCAGCGCGUAGGAAAGGCAAAGAAGGCCUAGGCAAGCCAGUCCCACGCGCCGCCGACGAUUCCUCGUCGCCGCCUGCCGCGGCAGUGAGAGCCAAAACCGAGCCACGUCGUGCGGCCAAUACCGCCGCUCUUAGCCGAAGCCGAACCGCCGGCCCGCGCGUUCCGGGGGUUGCUGCGCCGCCGCCUUCCGGCAGCCCAAGCCGCCGCAGCGGCGCAGGCGGCGCAAGCGGCGGAAGCGGAGCCGACGCUGCGAGCGCGCAGAGGAGGGAGGGAAAGACGGGCGCGCCCGCUAGUACUCUUACUGCUACCAGCAGCAGAAGCAGUGUGUUCGCAAGUAGUGCUGGCAGUGGCUCUGCCAAGAGCACUGUCGCUUUGGCCGCCGUAGGCAGACGCAACACCACCACCGGCAUCAGCACGGCCACUAGUAUUUCUAGUGCCAGUAUGACUAGUACCAAUGGCACUAGCGCGGGCCGCCGAGGCGCGGAGUCGCUCCCCCAAUCCUCCUCCGUGCCCGACUUCCUCUCCGCCGCCGCCGCCGCGGGAGCCGCCGCCAUGCGCGCAGCGGGUGUUGCGCCCGUCACGUCGGUCGCCGCCGCCGCCGCGAAGUGCUUCGGGCCAGGCAUUGGCGGAAGCAGCGGCGGGUUUGGCGCACGCGCGGACAGCGCGGGGAGCAGCAACGACGAGUGGUCGGAAGACGAGGCGGAGCGGGAGCGCGGGGAGCGCGUGGGGGAAUCGGAGCCGCGCGCGCGGGGUGGAGGCAGCGCGGAGGAUGUGAAUUUCCACCAGGCGUGGAACAUGAUAAUUCCCCGCGCAGCCACUACCGCCUCCACUACUGCUCCUCCGCGUGACGGCGAUGAUUCCGCUGCGGCCGCGCUCCUGCCACUGGACUUCGACUCGGCUGGUGGCGCGGCGGACAGUGACGCGAGCGGCGCGAGCUGGGAAGGCGGCAGCGACUGCUCGUCGGAGGCGGACGGGGGAGGGGGGGGAGCGGGGCGCAGGGGCGCGGCGCAAGUGGAGGCGGCGGGGCGCAGCGAGUGCCGGCGGUUCUCCCUGGCGCAGCUGGUGGCCGCCACGGAUAACUUCGACGAGCGCAACCUGCUCGGACGCGGGGCCUUCGGACAGGUGUUCAAGGGCCAGCUGAUGGGGUGCGAGGUGGCGGUGAAGCGGCUGGACGGCGGGGGCUGGCAGGGGCCGGACGAAUACUGCACAGAGCUUCGCGUGCUGUCGCGCGCGCACCACCCGCACAUUGUGCUGCUCAUGGGCCACUGCCCCAAAGCCAUGUGCCUCGUCUAUGAGUACCUCCCGGGCGGCAGCCUCGCGGAUUAUCUCGUCGCUCGCAACACCACUGGUGCUGCUGCUGCUGCUGCUGCUGGUAACCACCCAGUUACCACUGCGACUCGCCCCGCGCUGCAUUGGUCCGACCGGGUUCGGAUCCUAUCGGAAGUGGCGGGGGCUCUGGUCUUCCUGCACCAUAGCGACCCUCCUGUUGCGCACCGUGACUUAAAGCCACAUAACGUCCUUCUGGAUCUGAAUCUACGGACGAAACUGGCCGACGUGGGAUUGGCUCGGCUGAUAGACACGAGCGCGGAUGCAGGAGGGAACAUCACUGCGAGAGUGAGGGGCACUGCUGGUUACAUUGAUCCAGAGGAAGUGGUUACAUGCGAGAUUUCAGUUUUAUCGGAUGUUUAUGCGCUGGGGAUUAUUAUGUUACAGCUGCUGACGGGGUACAGUAACGUGAAUCAGGUGCACAAGCUGCUGGCGUCAGCUUCAGCUGUUGCAGUGAGCGCUGCUGGUGGUGGUGGUGAAGGAGGGGGAGGAGCAUGUGGGAUGAUGAACGAUUAUGACAUGGCAGUAAGCAUGGGGGGAGUUGGCGGUGAGGUGAUAGCCUUCAGUGGUAGAACUAAUACCACCAGCACUACUGGCAGCAGCACCACCGCUACUUCCACCAGCAGCAACACCUGCAGUAGCACCAGCAGCAGCGGCAGCAGUGCGGCUUCAUCGCCAUCUUCUUCCCCCUCCUCUGCCCGGUCUCACUCCACCAGCCCCCUCUCCCUCAUGGCAGACGCCAUAGCCUCCCACCUGGACCCCUCAGCCGGAGCGUGGCCUCUCCCGUGCGCGCGUGCCCUGGCCUCUCUCGCCCUGCGCUGCGCGUGCCGGCAGCGCCGCCUGAGACCAGAUCUGGCUUUGGAAGUGCACCCUGCUCUUGUGCGCCUCAGCAGCGACGCUGCUCACGCCGCUACAGCUGCUCAGGCUGCGGCUGCAUGUGGUGCGACUGUUAGUGCUGCUCGCAGUAGCCCUGCUGCUUCGCCUGUGGCUGCUGGACCGGUGGAAGGGAAAGCAGGAAGAAGCAGACAAGGGGAGGCAGGGGGGGCAGGGCUGGGAGCGGAAGCAGUGGCUGGGGCAGGGAUUCGGCGAAACGGUGCAGAAGGCACACAUGGUCAGCUGCUGUGCCCUCUCUCCAAGGCGCCCAUGAGCGAGCCAGUGGUGGCAGCAGAUGGCUUCACAUACGAGCGCCGCCACAUGCAGCAAUGGCUAGCAGCCAGCUCCCUCUCUCCUGUCACAGGACAACCCUUGCCCCACACCUUCCUCACACCCAAUAAUGCCCUGAAAAUGAUCUCAUGAGGUUUCAACUGCUAUCUUGUGCACUAGUGAGGAUUGUUGUGUUGCGUUGUCUACUGGUAGUCUCCUUGGAGUGUAGGAAGGUAAGUAGUGGCAUGGCAUGUAAUUGUGUGCCUGCAUUGCAAAAUGCUACGGUAUGUUACAUCCGUAUUUGCCACUUACUGGUGCUAGUGCUGUAUUUGGCUCCAAAUAUUUUAGCAGACGUUACGGUAGCUGGUUUGCGUUUUUCCAU